CACCAAAAUGCAACUCCAUUCUAUUCCAUUAUUGCAAACCAACAAAUCAUUCAAUCAAUAAAAAAGAAAACCUUUUUUUCAACGUGAAUUGACCUAAAAUUAGACAGCCAAUCUCGAGGGAGAAAGAGAAAGUGACCAAACUUAUUAUAAGAAGAUAAAAGGGGUUUAUGCUUAUGCUUGCUUCAAGUAAAGGAUUACUCAUAUGCAUCAUCAUCAUACAUGGAACAUCAAGAUGUAUAGGUGAUCGAUGAUUUGACUUUUGGUUAGUGGGCGUGGUAACCAUGGAUGCUUCAAGGACCUCCUCUGAAGCAGCUUUAACACUUGAAAACGACAUCAUUGGCUCAAAAGUCUGCCAUUUUUUAGGCCUCAAACAAAAAUAUGGAAACCCAAAAGUUGUAUCCCUUGUUUCUUCAUGUCUUGAGAAAUCGGUUGAAAAGAACGGGCAAAGUACUAAAAAAGACAUUGAUAUUACAGUUUUUCAUGGCUCAAGAGCACCUACACUCACCAUUCAACAAUACAUGGAUCGCAUCUUUAAAUACUCUCGCUGCAGUCCUUCUUGCUUCAUUGUUGCACAUAUAUACAUGGAUAGAUUCAUCCAAUCUCAAAAUAUCAUUUUGACGUCUCUUAAUGUUCAUCGUCUUUUGAUCACAAGCAUAUUGGUAGCUACAAAGUUCAUUGAUGAAGCAUUUUUUAAUAAUGCGUAUUAUGCGAAAGUGGGAGGAGUUACAACAGCAGAAUUGAACAGACUGGAGAUGAAAUUUCUGUUUGGAAUUGAUUUUCGACUGUAUGUUGACAUUUCUACAUUUGGAAGGUAUUGUUCGGCGUUGAUGAAUGUGGCUCCAGCUCCAGGCGAGGAGGAGGUUCAGGUACAACGGCCAUUGCAUGUGAUCAACGGUGCAUGCGGAUUAAUCAAAGACAACUGGUCGAAGAACAGUGAAACCAGAACACUUAUCGAACCAUUUAGAAAAUUGUUUGUAGCUGUUGUAUCAAGAUGACAGCAGCCUGGCCUAGAGAAGAAAUCGUAUUCGUAUCGGCGUAUCGCUUCUUCUGCAAGUCCAUUAGGGCCCACGUGCCUUCUUCCAUACAAAAACAUAAUCACGGGGGAAACAAUCACAGUCCCCCACUUUGCAGUUCGAAUUGCCCUCUUCAUACUUCAAAGGGUUUUCGUCUUUGCCGGCGGAGCAAAGAGCCGCUCCGGACGGUUUUCAACAGGAGAAAGUUUCUCUUUCACAUCCACGAGCACCACCACCACCACCGGUUCGUUUGAUAUGGAGUCUACUGCACCAAAUCAACUGCGCUCAAUUAAACUGUGGCCUCCAAGCCAUGGCACCAGGCUUGUUCUUGUGCAACGUAUAGUUAAAAAUCUCACAACUCCAUCUAUUCUAUCUAGAAAAUAUGGUAUUUUAAGCAAGGAAGAAGCAGAAGAAGAGGCAAAGCAAAUAGAGGCAUCAGCCUUUGCCAUUGCAAACCAACACUUUGAAAAGGAACCCGAUGGUGAUGGAGGAUCUGCUGUACAAACUUAUGCUAAAGAAUCCAGUAAACUCAUGGUGGAAGCCGUCAAAAGAGGCCCUAAACCAAAAACAGAUCAAGAACCUGAACCCAUGCCAGAUUCAGUUACACCACACCAUGAAACCUUCUUUGACAUUUCUGGAGGAAAGCGAGCCUUCAUUGAGGCAGAUGAAGCUCAAGAACUUCUAAAACCUUUAUCUGAACCUGGAAACAAAUACACAAAGAUAUGUUUUAGCAAUAGAAGUUUCGGUCUGGAUGCUGCCCGAAUUGCUGGACCCAUUUUGUCAUCUCUGAAAGAACAGUUGACUGAAGCUGACUUAUCCGAUUUUAUCGCCGGGAGGCCAGAAGCUGAUGCUCUUGAAGUCAUGACCAUUUUUGCCUCAGCUCUUGAAGGGUCAAAUCUUAGGUAUUUAAACCUUUCAAAUAAUGCUUUAGGUGAAAAAGGUGUAAGGGCAUUUGAAAAGCUUUUAGCUUCACAAAGUAACCUUGAAGAGUUGUAUUUGAUGAAUGAUGGUAUCUCAGAGGAAGCUGCAAAGGCAGUAUGUGAAUUAAUCCCAUCAACAAAUAAACUCAAAGUCCUUCAUUUUCAUAACAACAUGACCGGAGACGAAGGGGCCAUUGCCAUUUCCGGACUUGUGAAGGAAUCACCAAUUCUGGAGGACUUCCGGUGUUCCUCCACGAGGGUUGAUUCCGAAGGUGGGGUUGCAUUAUCUAAAGCACUCGGAACUUGUCCCAAUCUGAAAAAGAUCGAUCUUCGUGACAAUAUGUUUGGAAUCGAAGCCGGAAUCGCAUUAAGCAAAGCCAUUCCGGUGUUUACUAGUCUCACCGAGGUGUAUUUUAGCUACUUGAACUUGGAAGACGAGGGGACUUUGGCACUUGUGAAUGCAAUCAAGGAUUCCGAUUCCCCUCUUGAAGUUCUUGAGAUGGCCGGAAACGAUAUUACGUCGGAAUCGGCUUCGGCUUUGGCGGCUGUUAUAACCGCAAAGAAAAAUACUUUGAUUAAAUUGGUUUUAUCUGAGAAUGAAUUGAAGGAUGAAGGUGCGAUAGUGAUUGCUAACUCGCUUAAAGAAGAGUUUGGACAGUUGACCGAAGUUGACCUGAGCACAAACGGAAUCAGAACGGUUGGAGCUAGAGCAUUGUCUCAGGCUGUUGUGGGUAAACCAGGGUUUAAAUUACUGAACAUUAAUGGUAACUUUUUAUCGGAUGAAGGGGUUGAUAACGUGAAAGAGAUAUUCAAGAGUUUUCCUAGUGUUCUUGGUCCAUUGGACGAAAAUGACCCCGAAGGAGAAGAAUAUAAUGAUGAUGAUGAUGAUGAAGAUGGUGAUGAUGCUAAUGAAGAUGAGUUGCAGUCUAAGCUUAAGGAUCUUGAAAUCAAGCAGGAAGAGUAGGAGAAGACGGAUUCAGUAUAUUUAGAAUCUAAUCAAGAGUUAGGAUGAAUGAUAUGUUUUCUAUCUAUAUAUUAUUCAAACCUAUAAAGUUGGGUGCUUGUAUUAUUAUUAUUAUUAUUACAACUCUACUGUGACUUUUGUUGUCGUUUUAUAAUUUGAAAUUUUGUUCUAGAAAUGAAAUUUGUCAGACCCAUCCUAAAGUCAUUGGUUCAGGCUUGUUGUGCUAAAAGAAAACAGGGUCACCGAUUUUCUUUCAAAAGUCAAAAAGCUAAAAUGACUGUAUUAUAAAAAUAAUUAAAUGGUUUUUUGCG